UAGAGAACACAACUUGUUGUACACAGAAGGUAUAAACUUGUCGUUUAGACGCAAACAUCAGAAAUUUUGAACAGCCCAAAAACAGACGAAUAAAAUUCGAAAAUGAUUGGAUUUGGGGGCACUUUCAAGGUUUUGGCGGCCCUUUCGGGAAUGAUGUUCAUGGGCUAUUGCGUGUACUUCGACAAAAAGCGUCGCAGCGAUCCCGAAUUCAAGAGGAAGUUGCACGAGCGGCGCAACAAACGAAACUUCGCAUCCUUGAGGUCCUCAGGUUCGGCUAAUAUGAGCGACAAGGACAUCGAGAUGUACUUCAUGACCCAGAUCCACAAGGGCGAGGGCCUGAUCACGAACGGCGACAUCGAGGGCGGGGUGGACCACCUGAUCAACGCGAUCCUCGUCUGCAGCCAGCCGGGAAAACUGCUCCAGGUGCUGCAGAGCACCCUGCCCAUGGAGAUCUUCACCAUGAUGCUGGUCAAGAUGCAUGCCUACGAGGCCGCCGAGCGCAGUUCCCCCGUCAUCAUGGACGAGGAGGAAGGAUAGACUUUUUGGUGCUCCAGAAAAUUAAGGGUCUCUGUUUUUCUUCACGACCAAUUGGAUAAGUUUUCUGUGAGGUCUGAGUAGCAGGGAACAUUCUUUGGUUCACGUAUUUCGGGCAAAUACAUACAAUGUAUACUAGUA